AUGUUCACAUUGUGUAAAGGUUACAGUGAUGACGAAGAGGAAGAAACAAACCUCAUUAAUACCAUUUCCGAAAAGAAAAAAUCUCUAGAAGAAAAAAUUUCGUAUUAUAAAUUAAAAGGAAAAGUAGAAAGAGGCCAUAUAACAAUAUACACGAAUUUAGGAGAAUUUGAAAUAGAAUUGUACUGGUAUCACAGUCCGAAAACAUGUUUAAAUUUUUAUACAUUAUGUGAAAUUGGCUAUUAUGAUAAUUCAAUAUUUCAUAGAGUUAUACCUGACUAUAUCAUACAAGGUGGAGACCCAACGGGAACAGGAAAAGGUGGAAAAAGUAUAUAUGGGGAAUAUUUUGAAGAUGAAAUAAAUAAAGAAUUAAAACAUACGGGAGCUGGUAUACUAAGUAUGUCCAACAAUGGCCCCAAUACAAAUUCUUCUCAGUUUUUUAUAACAUUAUGUCCUUUACCUCAUUUAGAUGGGAAACACACUAUUUUUGCCAGGGUCAGUAAAAAUAUGACUUGUAUAGAAAAUAUUGCGUCUGUCCAAACAACUGCAACUAACAAGCCAAUUUUUGACGUGAAAAUUUUGCGAACAUCAACAGCUGUAAAAGUGGAUUAA